GACUUGACCUCAAAAAAGCCAGAAGGUGGUGAGGGAAAGGAAAGAGAGACGAGGGAGAGAGAAAUACAUUAGAGAGACGGAGAGGCAGCGGCAGAGAGGGCGUCCUUGGAUAAAAGUAGACAACAGGAGGUAUCGUCCUCCUGUUCGUUAGAGCUGGAUAAAUCAUCGGAUUCGUCGUAUUGGCUUUAACGACGUAGCUACAAGCAUCACCUCGCCACCUGCAGCAUCCGCUGUUCCGCAUUCCCGCUGUCCGGGCACAGGAUCGUUCAUUUCAGCAAGGCCUGGGUCUGGACUGAAGGGUUCUUCUCUGACCACUUGUGAUCCCACGGCUGUCCAAAUGGAACGCUUGCUGUAUGUGCUGGUCCUCACUUUAGUGGCUCUAAAGGAGGCUUUAGGUGGAGAUGUUUGUGUGUCGGGUCAUGACAGUGGGCCUGUGUUUGAAGAACAGCCAAGCAGUUUAAUCUACCCAGAGGGACUGAGUGAAGGCAAGGUGAUCCUGAGCUGUCAGGCCAGAGCUAAUCCAACUGCCUCCUACAGAUGGCUUGUGAAUGGCACUGAAGUACCACUUGGUUUGGAUCCCCGGUAUACCGUAGUCGUUGGCAACCUGGUAAUAAACAGCCCUGACUCUGGCAAAGACACAGGCUCAUAUCAGUGUCUGGCUCUCAACCGCUGUGGGACCAUCGUCAGCAGAGCAGCUAACCUCAAAUUUGGCUACCUCCAUGACUUCUCUACAGACAGCAGGAGUCCUCAAACAGCAUACGAAGGGGUAGGAGCAUUCCUGGCCUGCCAGCCACCUCCACAUUACCCAGCUUUGUCUUACCGCUGGCUCAUCAACGAGUUUCCCAACUUCCUCAAGCAAGAUGACGGCCGCUGGUUUGUGUCUCAAGUAACAGGGAACCUGUAUGUGGCCAAAGCAGAGCCAAACGACACAGGGAACUACUUCUGCUUCACCACCAUCAACAUGGACGUCAGUACCAAGAGCACGUUCAGCAAGGCCAACCUGCUCACUGUCAUAACUGAUGGCAAUUCCAGGAAGUCAGCUCCAACCAUCAAAGUGCGCUUCCCAGCAGAAACCUACGCACUCACAGGACACACUGCUCAAUUAGAGUGCUUUGCAUAUGGAAACCCAGUUCCAAAACUGAGAUGGAGGAAGGUGGAUGGACUGAUGCCAUCCAAGGCAGGUUCUUCUGCAGAGGGCCCAACUCUCACCCUACAAGAGCUCACCUUUGAUGACGAGGGUGUUUACGAGUGUGAAGCCUACAACUCUGAAGGAAGUGACAGAUAUCAGGGACGCAUCACUGUUCAAGCUCAGCCAGAGUGGCUGCAGGUGAUGAGUGACUCAGAGGUGGAGAUUAGUUCUGAGCUCCACUGGAGUUGUGUUGCUGCUGGUAAACCACGCCCCUCCAUACGUUGGCUACGGAAUGCACAGCCGCUCAGCACACAGGAUCGGAUGGAGGUGAGUGGUGCUCGUCUUAAAAUAAGUAAUCUGGCGCUGGAGGAUUCUGGGAUGUACCAGUGUGUGGCUGAAAACAAACAUGGUACUAUCUACUCCACUUCUGAGCUUAGAGUCCAAGUCCAGGCCCCAGACUUCAGGUUGAAUCCAGUACGAAAGCUCAUCCCAGCAGCCAGAGGAGGGCAGGUGAUAAUUGAAUGUCGCCCCCGAGCCGCUCCCAAGCCCAGUCUGUUCUGGAGUCGUGGGACAGAGCUACUCACCAACAGUAGCAGAGUCACAGUAACUCCAGAUGGAAUCUUGAGGCUCCACAACAUCAGCAGAGCAGAUGAAGGGAAAUACACCUGUUUUGCUGAAAACUACUUGGGCAAAGCCAACAGCACUGGACACCUGUCUGUCAGAGAUGCCACUAAGGUCACCCUGGCCCCUUCCAAUGCUGACAUCAAUCAGGGGGAGAAUGUGACACUACAGUGUCAUGCCUCCCAUGACCCUACCAUGGACCUGACAUUCACAUGGGCCAUUAAUGGGGUUCUGCUUGACCUGGAACGUUCUACUGGGCCUUACCAUCGGGUGGAAGGGAAAGAAAACAUUGGUGAUCUGUUCAUUGUGAACGCUCAGCUCAGUCAAGCGGGGAUUUAUACUUGUACUGCUCAGACUGUGGUGGACAGUGCCUCAGCUUCAGCAAAAUUAGUGGUCCGAGGCCCCCCUGGUCCACCUGGAGGAUUAUUGGUGAAGAAUGUUGCUGCGACAUCAGUGGAACUCAGGUGGAGUCGAGGCUACGACAACCAUAGUCCCAUCGGCAAAUAUAUGAUCAUGGGACAAUCACCACUGUCGUCAGAAUGGAAGAAGAUGAGGACAGAACCAGAGAACAUUGAAGGGAAUGCAGAAUCGGCUCGUGUGAUGGGACUGACGCCCUGGAUGGAUUAUGAAUUCCAGGUCAUCGCCAGCAACAUUCUAGGCAGUGGCGAGCCCAGUAUGCCGUCACACACCAUCCGCACACAGCAGGCAGCUCCCACGGUGGCCCCCAGUGGACUUGGAGGAGGAGGAGGAGAUCGUCAUGAACUCAUAAUUACCUGGACACCCAUGGUCAGAGAGUACCAAAAUGGGGAUGGCUUCGGCUACGUUCUGGCAUUCCAAAAGAAAGGGAUUGCCUUGUGGACAACGGUACGCAUUCCUCACGUGGAGUCCACCAGAUAUGUUUACUACAAUGACAGCUUGAUGCCAUACAGCCCCUUUGAGGUGAAGAUCAAAGCUUACAACCGUAGGGGAGAAGGGCCCUUCAGCCAGAUUGCUGUGGUUCACUCUGCUGAGGAAGAACCAACGGUAGGACCACCAAGCACUAACGCCACAGCACUCACUGCAUUUGAGAUCCAGGUUUCAUGGGAACCUGUCCAGCAACUCAGUGCCAAUGGGAUCCUGAGAGGUUAUGAGAUACGGUACUGGCGGCAGCAUGAAAGGGAAGCAGCGGCUGAUCGAGUGAGGACGGCAGGAUUGGAAACAGCAGCCAGAGUGUCUGGACUUCGGCCCAGCACUCGAUACCAUGUUGCUGUCCUAGCAUAUAACAGCGCCGGCACCGGGCCGCCCUCACCCCGCACCACUGUCACAACCAGAAAACCACCUCCUAAUCGUUCCCCAGGCAACGUGUCAUGGAAGACAGAAGGCUCCUGGGUAAAGUUGCGGUGGGACCAUGUGAAGGCCAUGCACAAUGAAUCAGCUGUACUGGGCUACAAGGUGUUAUACAAACAUGAAGGGCAAACGACUCUGAAAGUUCUAGAUAAGACAAAGACAUCAGUGAGCUUGCCUCUGCCAAAGGUUAACGGUUACGUUGUGCUGGAGAUCCGGUCCUGGGGAGAGGGCGGGGAUGGCCUGGCUCAUGAGAUCAUUGUGUCCCAGGACUCAGGAACGGGUAUGAUGGUGCAAAAUGAGGCCUCAUCCACGUCAUCUAUCCAACAUCUUCACCUACUCACCGGUUUGCUCCUCCUCACCCUCAAGUCUUCAUCAGGCCUGUGAUCCUAGCCUGUAAUUUUUGGAUAUGAACGUCAAGCUUUGCUGUGUCUUAGCCUGUUUUGUAUAGUACGUUAGGGAUAGUUUGUGUUUUCAUUUUUUAUAUAAAAAAACAGCCUUUUUUAAGAAGCGUUUGAAUGCAUUGACGGUUGGAAGAGGCGCAGGACAGCCUUGUGUGUUAAAAAACAGCAAACCCAACACUGUAUCUGUGUUUCAUAAGCUGUAUCUGGUAACACGGAGACAUCAGAUGUGUAUUAGUCAUAGUAUUAUUGCAGUACAGUUUGACAUGUGAUGAUCUGCCUGUUCACACUCACAACAACUUGACUAACAAGCGUAAACCUUUGACAACAAUAAACAUAUUGUGAUGCAGUUAUUAUUAUACAUCAUACAUUAUUUCAUUGUCAUUAUUAAUGACAUUGGAGAACCUACAACUACAAGACAGGUUUGACGUGAGGUUAGAGGCAUUGAGUAUAUAUUGUGCUCUGUACGCUGUUGAGUUUAAAGGACAGCGCGAGGCAGCUAUACCUCAUGUGAUGCCAUGACCCCACUGCCAUGUGAGACAUCUGCUUUUCAGUGUUACAAUGAGCCUUGGCACAAGAUAUACAUAUAUAUGUCUACUUCAGUGCUAUAUUACAGUUGUUAUUACUUACUAUGACUGAGGGACUGUGAAGGUCUGUAUCAAAAGUACACUACUGUUGAAAAGUCUAAGGUAAUUUAAAAAUAUUCAAAAAGAAUGUUGCAUGAUAUAACAAGAGUCAUCUGAAACCUUUUGUAGACACUGGUAAGGCUAGUGGUCAUUAGAAAACAUUUAUAGUUAUGGUUAUUGUACAUUUACUAAUUAAACAUCAUAUGCAUUGAGCUCAGAGCUCCUCCAGUAUUUGAAUGCAUGUUGUAUCGAAACCAAACACUUCUUGUGUGGUUCAGUUUCCAAACUGCUGCUGACGCCCUGCAAACAUGAUGCCAACAUUACAAUAGCAGUAAAUGCAGAAGGUAUAUAACGCAGGACUUUACUACUGUAUAUUUAUUCUAAAUCUUCUACUUCUACUACUACAUUCUUACAUUUUUUUAAAACAGUUCUAAAAUAUUCCUUACUCCAGAAAUGGUCAAAUGUGACUGGUUGUACUGAUGCUCUGAAGAAAUUGCUGACAAAAAACCUGUUGUGAUACUUGUUUCUCUUGUUGUGAGUGUAAACACAAAGUGACUUAUUUCAGCUCCAGCUAAUGUUUGUGUGUUUUUACCUUGCCUGUAUUAAUACUGAAGUGAACUGAAGUGUCACUGCUCGUGUGUGUCAAAACAUGUUUUAUGUUUUGACAGGGUGUUGACAUAGAACUGGAUUAUGAUUCUGAUUUAUGUAUGUAUGUUGCCUGCAUUGUUUUACUAAUUGUUUAGUAUUUGAUUAGAUUUACUGCAGCUAUGUUGAUAUGAAAAUGGCAGAGACAACAGAACAAAUCAGUGGCAGAGAUUGAAGAAUUAGUUGCCAAAUGUAUCAGUGGCUGCCGCUAACAGAGCCAUUCAUCACGUCAGAGUCUAAUAACUCUUGUGUAACAUACUACUCAGUUUUCAGACUAGACUGUUUCAAAUGAAUGUUUGUUUGUCCACUCUUACACAAUCCAGGUUCCGUCAAGUUGUCCAAGUGAUUAUGGUUUGUAUUUUUGUGUUGUUGCCUUGAUUUGUUAAGAACUAUCUGUUUGCAGUUGUGAAGGGGAACUGAUGCUUCAUGUGCAGACUGAUGUUGUCCCAUAAACAACUGAAAUACGUGGCAGUGGUUUUCUGUAAAGGUUUAAUUCAUUUUGUUCCAUCAGUUUAAUAAUAACAUGCAUAUAGAAGCAUAGGAACAGAACUGGACACCCCUGAAACAGGACACCAAAGGGGCUGUUACAUUCCAGUUAGACUUCCUUUUAUUUCCUGAUGAUGUUUUAACCAAUAGGUCUGGGUGAUGGGCUGGAGUAGAGAAUUACAAUCAGUGUCGUCAACACUAAAUUGGUCUGUAUGAUAAACCACCUGGGGAGUGACAUAAGUGGAAGCUGCCUUAGGCCCCCUCCUCUACUGUACUGUGGUAUUUAAACCUCCUAAUCGGCCACUCCAGAACUCCAGCCUUUAGCUUUUUUUCUAUAUUGUUUUGUGUUUUUAUUUUUUGCAUUCUUCUGAACAACCAAAAUGUUUUUUUUUGUUUUGCUGGUAAGGUAUGAUUGCAUGGUGACUGUACAAUACUGUGCUGUAUUUCAUAGAGAAACUGAUACUAAAACACAGAUUUUACUUUACUUUUCAUUAGAAAAGAACCAGUUUUAGAAGCACUUAGGAAGGUUUGAUUCAAAAAAGUUCUGCUCCCUGUCUGGGAUCAUUUUAAACUCCAGUUCUUCAUAAUUAGUUUAAAUUUGGUCUCAACCUCAAUAGAAAUGACCACAGUUUUUGAUGGAAAGAAUGUGAUGGGUGACACUCAUAAUAAUGAAUAAUAAACACAGUGGGAUUACACUGGA